AUGGUGAAGUUACAGCUACCCAAUCCUGGCCUGGAGGACAGGAUACCUUCCCACACAGAACUUGAGGUCCUUGAGAAAGAAGAGGCAGACUCCAGACCUAAAUGGGACAACAAGGCUCAGUACAUGCUGACAUGUGUAGGGUUUUGUGUUGGCUUAGGAAACGUGUGGCGGUUUCCGUAUCUCUGCCAGAGCCAUGGAGGAGGAGCCUUCAUGAUCCCUUUCCUGAUUUUGUUGAUUCUGGAGGGUAUCCCCCUGCUUCAUCUCGAGUUUGCCAUUGGUCAAAGGCUCAGGAAAGGCAGUGUGGGAGUCUGGAGUUCCAUUCACCCUACCCUGAAAGGUGUUGGCAUAGCAGCAAUGUGUGUAUCUUUCCUGGUGAGUUUAUAUUACAAUACUAUCAUUGCCUGGGUAAUGUGGUAUUUCUUCAACUCCUUCCAAGAGCCCCUGCCUUGGAGUACCUGUCCUCUCACUAACAACAGAACAGAUUACAUAGAAGAAUGUGCCAAGAGCUCUCCCGUGGAUUAUUUCUGGUACAGAGAAACAUUAAACACCUCCACUUCUAUUGAAGAUUCAGGCACUAUACAGUGGUGGCUUCUGUUAUGCUUAACAUGUGCAUGGGGCAUACUGUAUGUGUGCACAAUCAGAGGCAUUGAAACAACAGGAAAGGCCGUGUAUAUAACAUCGACUCUUCCAUACCUUGUGCUUACCAUUUUUCUAAUCCGUGGCUUGACACUGAAAGGAUCAGUCAAUGGAAUUGUGUUUCUCUUCACUCCAAACGUUACUGAGCUGGCUAACCCAGUGACGUGGCUGGAUGCGGGUGCGCAGGUGUUUUACUCUUUCUCCCUGGCCUUUGGAGGCCUCAUUUCAUUCUCCAGUUACAACCCUGUUCACAAUAACUGUGAGAAAGACGCUGUGAUUAUCUCCGUGAUCAAUGGUUUCACAUCCAUCUAUGCAGCGACUGUCAUAUACUCCAUCAUUGGAUUCAGAGCCACAGAAAGAUACGAUGACUGUUUCGACAAAAAUAUUCUUACCUUGAUGAAUGCAUUUGAUUUGCCAGAGGGCAAUGUAACCCAAGAUAACUUUGAGCAAAUGCAGCAGCUGUGCAACAUGACCGAUCCUGUCACUUUUGCAAGCCUUAAUUUUGAAACCUGUGAUCUGAAAAGUUUAUUAAGUGAGGGAGUUGAAGGAACCGGCUUAGCCUUUAUUGUCUUCACUGAAGCUAUCACCAAGAUGCCUAUCUCACCUCUGUGGUCCAUUCUCUUCUUCAUCAUGCUCUUCUGCCUGGGCUUGUCAUCUAUGUUUGGAAAUAUAGAAGGUGUGCUUGUACCUUUACAAGAUCUUAAAAUUGUACCCCCUAAAUGGCCUAAGGAACUCAUUACAGGUAUCACCUGCGCAGGGUCUUACUUGAUAGCUUUCAUUUUUGUCCUGAGGUCCGGCAAUUACUGGCUUGCUCUGUUCGACAGUUUUGCUGGCUCCAUUCCUUUGCUAAUAAUUGCCUUCUGUGAGAUGUUUUCAGUUGUCUACAUUUAUGGAAUAGACAGGUUUAACAAGGAUAUUGAGUUCAUGAUUGGACACAAGCCCAAUAUAUUCUGGCAGGUAACCUGGAGAGUUAUCAGUCCUCUCAUUAUGUUAGUUAUCUUCUUAUUUUAUUUCGUGGUGAAAGUCAAUGAAGAACUGCUCUACAGUGUUUGGAACCCUAAAUAUGAAGAAUUCCCAAAACCACAGAAGAUUGGAUAUCCUGGCUGGGUCUAUGCUAUUAUUGUAAUCAUCGCUGGUGUGCCUAGUUUGAUCAUCCCUGCCUUUGCCAUCUACAAAGCCAUCAGAAAUUGCUGUCAGAAGAGAAGUGAUCAUACAGGCCUUAUAAGCUCAAUAUCUGAGACGUCUGUUAAUGGCAACUUAAAGAAUUCAGCAUAA